AUGUGCUCUUCGCAAGUCGUGCUGCUGCUCCUGCUCACCGUGCCAAUCUGCUCGGCUCUUCUUGGAAUCGGUCGCACACAGUCGGUCGCCGUUUCGGGAAGGCUCAUCUGCAACGGACAACCAGCGGCUGGUGUUAAGCUGAAGUUGUAUGAGAAGGAGACUACAUUUGAUGUGAAGAUGGCCGAAGGAACAACAGAUGCCAAUGGGCAAUUCCGAUUGUCUGGCUCGAAAACUGAGAUCUCGACGAUUGAUCCAAAAUUGAACAUCUAUCACAAAUGCAAUUAUAAUGGGCUAUGCUACAAAAAAAUCGGAAUCACAAUCCCAGACAACUAUGUUUCGAGUGGCGCAAAUCCACAAAGGACAUUUGACAUCGGAACCCUGAAUCUCGCCAACCAAUACACUGGCCAGACGACCGAUUGUAUCAACUAA